UGGACGCGGGCUGCCCGUGCCGUUCCGCUCUCGUGUUUUUCCGUCCAAGUUGCGCGUCGCGUUCGCGUCUGAGUUCUCCGUUCGCCGUGAGGGUAUGAAGUUAGCCGCGUAGUGCUCGAAACGACUGAAGACCGAGCCGCGCGUAGAGUGCUGCGGGGAUGUCGCAGGACGUAAACACGAGCCGCGUCGCGGCCGUCUGCGUCUGAUACCGCGCCCGAAACUGCGCCGUCGGCACGCAGUUGCGUCGGAUUGCCUCGCUCGGCGGCGAACGAGAUGGCGAGUUGACGUCGCACCACGACGCCGCGUGCACCCAGUCGAGGCAUGGACGUCGCAGCGGAGGACGCCGAGGCCGCGCUAGACCCGCGGAUACAGGUCGAGUUGGAGAACUUGAACAAUGCGACGGAUGAUAUUAAUAAGUUGGAAACUGAAUUGGAUGAAGCUCAUACUGCUUUUAGACAGCUUCUUUCUGAUACCACGAGGAGAUUGAAAGAGAUCACAGAGAAGCUAGGUACUAGCUGCAUUGAGAAAGCAAGAUGUUACUACGAAGCCCUAGAGAUGGCUCGGCAAGCUCAGGUGCAAUGUCAGCAGCAAGCGCAGCUGUUUCAGAGAGCCAGCGAAAUUCAUGCAGCCGCGAAAGAAACGGUUGCUCUAGCCGAGGCGCGAUUCAUGUCUCAUCAGCAUGAGUGGAAUUUCGACCAAGCAUGGCAGGAUAUGCUCAAUCAUGCGACCAUUAAAGUAAUGGACGCGGACAAUCAGAAAGCGGAAUGCGGCCGGGAGCAUCACAGGCGAGCGAUGCUGUUUCACGAUGCCGAGAAGAAGCUGGUGCAGCUGGAGGAGAAGCAUCGGCGUGCGAUAAUAAAGGCACGGCCGUAUUUUGAGGUGAAGACUCAGUGCGACUCGAUGCUGGCGACGCAGAAGGAGAGAGUGGAAUACCUGCAGCAGACCGUCAAGGAAGCCAAGCGCAAUUAUGCGAGGAGUCUGCGAACGUUGGAAGAUAUCAGCAAUCAGAUACAUCAGCAACGAAGAGAUUACGAUAUCGUGGCUAACGGACCGCGAGAACCCGGCGUCGGUGCGGAGCUCAUCGGUUCGGACAUGUAUCAGAAGUACGAGAAGGAGUUCAGCGGUGCCGACGGUUGUAAAUUAUCUCUCAUCAAAUAUAAGAAGAACGAAAAAUUGCGCGAUAUCGAAAGACCUUGUUCGACGAGGGAGGACACGGAACACCUGGAUAAAAGAUCCGUGGACGGCAGCGAGAGUAAAUUCACGCAAUGGGAAUUGGAGCUGCAAGCCAGUAUGGAGAAGCUAAAUCGCUUGUCGAUCGAGAAAGCAUUGUACGCCAAGGAGCGAGAGAGUGCACGAACUUCGUCCGAUUUACGGGACGUCGAGGUCGAUUCCGUGAACAGGACCUGCUACAAUCUUCUAACUACCGAACAGUUUAACACGCACAGCUCGAAUCGGUUUUCGAGAUCGACGGAAAACAAUCCGGAAGCUGCUGUUGAAGGGGACAAACAGACUUCGCACUUGCGAAGGUCGUGCUCAACUAUCGAUUCGGUGGCGACUGCGGGCGAUGCACCGACGGUCACUUGGAAAAGCAACGCCUCGAAGUCGCUGAGCAACAGUCCGGUGAACAGAACUGCAUCGAGUCUUGAGAAGAAAAUUCCGAGGAAAGUCGAAGCUGUAUCGAAAUACGUGCCAAACAGAAGCUCCCGACUCGAUAUGAAGAACCGGAAGGCACAGAGCAGCUGGAACAUCAGUACUUCUCCCGAUAUCGACGCCGCGAGCCGAGCACAAUCGAGUUCGUCCACCGCGCAAGCUGCUAAGACUGAGUUCCCGCCCGCGGAGCCCGGUUCGCCAGGACAGCACUCCGCGGCGUCGUCCAACGUGAGUCGACGCUUCGUCAGCUUACCACCGACUCGAUCCGCUCCGCAGAAAAGCGCGUCGUGCAGUGCCAAUUCGAGUCCGAUAAAACUGAAGAAGCUCCUGACGUCGUCCACCAGAUCGUCGACUAGCGCGAGCGUGGAGGACAUCGACGGGGAGCUCGUUAUCAAGAGAUACAAGAGUAAAACCACCAGUAUUAGAGAAUUGCCGUUACUGUCGCUCUUCGGGCGCGCGUCCGCGUUAUCGGCGCUCCGGGGCAAGAGCUGCAGUAUGAUCGACCUGGACAGCAAGCAGAACUUGAAAACGCUGCUGGACAACUCCCUGCUGGGUAACAUGCAGGCGGUCAGCGCGGAGAGAUUGGCGAACGUGAGGCACAAGUUGGUCAACGAUCGUCCGGGAGCGGCGACGGACAAUAUUAGGAAAUAAGUACGAGUGAACAACGCGGUAGGAUAGAUUACUUGUGAUAAGCGGUUUCCCUAUUUAACGCUAUGUGUGAGUAGAGAAUUGUUAAUGUCAUUAAGAAGCUCAAGCGCGAAUGAAAUCUAGCGGAGACGUCGCAAUUUAAGCGUGACAAGCGUGAGGAUAAUGUCACACGCUCUCGCGGUCACGAAUCAUCGUUACAGAAUCAUGUUUGCAGCUGUACUGCCAGUUAUACAGCAGCCGGUUGUUAAGUAUAUCCUGGUAUACGUUAAUUAACAAUAUGUGUGUCGUAUAAAUAUUCGCGGAUCAGUUGUUAGGUAUUAAUACUUUCCUCGUAUUAAACAAUCGAUUUUUGAUCGCAGCCACACGGCGCGGCGAUCGAAAACGCCCGACCGCGACGAGAGUCGGGCAGACGUGAGAAUUAAUUCAGUGCAAAUCUAUAUCAUCGUUUACAGUUUAAGCAUACGCCCGCCCGCUACGGGAAAUCGACGAUGCGCGCGCGGCGUAUCGUUUACUAUUUUCUAAUCUUUUAAUAUGUGCUUUUUUAAUAAAACAUGUUUUCUUAACAAGC